CUUUGGGACAAAAGAUGGGAUCUGCUUAUGAAGAUGAUCUCCGACAGGCGCUGCUGCAGCCGGCGGCGGCAGCGUUGUUGUCGUCUCAGUCGUUGUGUUCGAACAAGCACGAAGGCAGCGACGAACUGGAGAGGAUUCUGUCGGACACAGAGAUGCCGGUGGUCCAGCGUUAUAGUCAAGCCACGUGGAUCGAGAUUAAGCUUCUGUUUUACUUGGCAGCGCCGGCGGUUUUUGUGUACAUGAUUAACUACGCCAUGUCGACGUCCACGCAGAUCUUUUCCGGCCACCUUGGCAACCUUGAGCUUGCCGCUUCCUCUCUUGGCAAUAAUGGAAUUCAAGUCUUCGCCUAUGGUCUCAUGUUGGGAAUGGGAAGCGCAGUGGAGACGCUAUGCGGGCAAGCAUACGGCGCCGAGAAAUACGACAUGCUAGGCAUAUAUUUACAGAGAUCAGCCAUAUUACUAACUCUAACAGGCGUAGUCUUAACCAUCCCUUACAUAUUCUGCAAGCCAAUCUUGCUCUUUCUGGGCGAAUCCAAGGAUAUAGCUUCAGCAUCCGAGACUUUCGUGUACGGCCUGGUGCCUCAAAUCUACGCCUACGCCUUAAACUUCCCCAUCCAGAAGUUUCUCCAGGCGCAGAGCAUAGUGUUUCCAAGCGCCUUCAUAUCGGCCGGGACGCUUGUGGUGCACGUGGUGUUGAGCUGGUUGGCGGCCUAUAAAAUGGGGCUGGGCUUGCUGGGAGUGUCGCUGGUGCUGAGCUUGUCGUGGUGGGUGAUCGUGGUGGGGCAAUUUGUUUACAUUGUGAAGAGCGGGAGUUGUAAGAAGACGUGGCGGGGGUUCAAUGUGCAGGCGUUUUCGGGGCUGUUUGGGUUCUUUAAGCUGUCGGCGGCGUCGGCGGUGAUGCUGUGCUUGGAGACUUGGUAUUUUCAGAUUCUGGUUUUGCUUGCUGGAUUGCUUGACAACCCUGAGCUCGCUCUUGACUCCCUCUCCAUUUGUAUGACCAUAUAUGGAUGGGUUUACAUGAUUUCAGUCGGCUUCAACGCUGCCGCCAGUGUGAGAGUAAGCAACGAACUGGGAAGUGGGAAUCCAAAAUCCGCAGCGUUUUCCGUGGCGGUGGUGGUUGCCAUCUCCACCAUUGUCUCCAUCUCUUGUGCCGUACUUGUACUGGCUCUUCGCAACGUCAUUAGCUACAUCUUCACUGAUGGCGCCGCCGUGGCCGCCGCCGUCUCCGACUUAUGCCCACUUCUCUCUCUCACCCUCCUCCUCAAUGGAAUCCAACCCGUCUUAACAGGUGUAGCGGUUGGAUGUGGGUGGCAAGCAUUCGUCGCCUAUGUAAACGUCGGCUGCUAUUACAUCGUCGGCGUGCCCUUGGGUGCCCUCCUCGGCUUCUAUUUCAAAUUUGGCGCCAAGGGCAUAUGGAUAGGGUUGAUGGGUGGAACUUUCAUGCAGACGGUAAUUUUGGUAUGGGUGACGUGGCGUACAGAUUGGAAUAAAGAGGUGGAAGAAGCAAUAAAAAGAUUAAACAAGUGGGAUGACAACAAGCAAAUUGUUGAGUAGCUUGAAGGACCAACUUUUUCAAAUAAAUAUAAGAAUGUUGCAUUGUUUUAGGGUUUCAAAUCUUUCCUCUUAAUAUAAAGAAUUUGGUGAUUAUGGUUAAAA